CGGACGGCGGGGAUGGCGGGCGCCGCGAGCGAGGCGCGGUUCGCCGGGCUGUCCCUGAUGCAGCUCAACGAGCUGCUGGAGGACGAGGCGCAGCUGACGGAGAUGGUGCAGAAGAUGGAGGAGACGCAGACUGUCCAGCUCAGCAAAGAAAUGACCCUGGCCAGCAACCGGAGCCUGGCAGAGGGAAACCUUCUGUUCCAGCCCCGGCUGGACUCCCGGAAGGCGUGUCUGACCCAGAAAUACCAGGAGCUGCAGGUGCUCUUUGAAGCCUAUCAGAUAAAGAAGACUAAAUUAGAUAAACAGUCCAGCAGUGCUUCCUUGGAGACCCUGCUCGCGCUGCUCCAAGCAGAAGGGGCCAAGAUUGAGGAGGACACUGAGAACAUGGCCGAGCAGUUCCUGGACGGAGAACUUCCCCUGGACGCCUUCAUCGACGUCUAUCAGAGCAAGCGGAAGCUGGCGCACACGCGGAGGGUGAAGAUCGAAAAGCUCCAAGAGAUGGUGCUGAAGGGGCAGAGACCCCCGCAGGCCUCGGCCCCGCUGCCACCCAGGGUGGCUGAACAGGCGCCUGCCCCAGAGGCCGGCGGGCCCCCUUCCGUCGCGCCUCGGCGCAUCCCCCCACCGCCACCCCAGGUGCCUGCAGGACGCUUAGCCACCCCCUUCACUGCCGCCGCAGGCGCGGGACAGGCCGCUCCGUACGCAGGAUUACAGUGCCCGCCCCUGCCUCCCCGCGGGGGCCUCCCUCCACAGCCCGGAUUCUCCGCACAGUUCGUGUCGCUGUACCCGCCAGCUCUCCCUCAGAGACCCCCACCCCGGCUGCCUCCGCACCAGCCAGGCUUCAUCCUGCAGUGAGCGCCACGCCGUCCUCCCUGGGAGACGACCUCCGCCCGCUGUGCUGGGCUGCGAGGCGGCCGAGGGGCCCAGCUGCUGUGCAGAGGGCCAGGUGCUCUGGGCCAGCGUCCAUUCUAGAACUGUAGGUCAGUGGUGAGUAGAAGUAGAAACCCAGGCUCUGCGUCGAGGCCGUUUGUGUGCCCUGUGUUUUGACGGUUUGCCUUCUGGUGUGGCCGCCGCCAUCGUGUCGACCGGCUCGUGCGUUUGGGAGGGAACGGCCUGUCUCCCACUUCCCACCCGGAGUCGUGGUCCUCCCGUCUGAGCUUGACUUCGUGAGCAUGGUUAAUUUAUGUUUCAUCUGCGAAUGAUGGUUCCGUGUGUCCCGGCCCAGCGUCGGCCAGCCUGGAAGGUGCGGCUGUGGCCGGGCUCUGACGCGUGGCUCUGCUGCUCCCUGAGGCGGGGGACAAGUUGCCGCAGGCCCCACCCACCCACCCCGGCAGAGGUGACUCUCGGCCACAGCCAUGGCCAAAGGCCAGGCGCGAGGAGCCAGGGUGAGUGGGACUUGGCACUGGAGACCGUGCCCAGCCCCAGGAUUUCUAUGAAGAAAUGCUCCCUCAGUAUUUUUACUACAUGUGAAACUCCUGUUUUAUAUUUGGAAAGAAACCUUUUUGACAUAAGACCAUUCAGGGAAACUUUUAAAAAAUGCAAAUGUUGUUUGGCCAGAUCGAAAAGCAGAUAAGAAAUGGAUGCAACUUCCUUUUGUGCGAGCAGUGCACGGUCGCGCCUGUGGUGCCCGUGCUGUGCCUUAGCUCCCCUGGUGCCAGGACUGGGAUGCCCGCAGGCGCUGGGGCCCUGGUGGCUCUGUGUUCGUGGAAGGGCUCGUCACACUCGUUGUCUUAGUACAGGAAGUCUGGCCGCCUCGAACCAGGAAACGCUUAGCCCGUGUUCUCUGCCUCUGGCUGGCUGGCAGCCGGCUCAGGAAGUGGUGAUGUAGCUGCUGGGCAGGGGGACGCAGGCUCUUCCUGCCCCCUGGGGUCUCACCUGCUGGUGCCACGUGUGCAGAACCCCAGGCCCCUGCUGGGGUGGGGGGUGCACCACACACCUGUCAACAAGGAAGCCUGUCGUGGGCCCCUGGGCAGGUCUUGUGGCUCCACUCUCACCGUCCCUGUGUCCAGCAGCCAAGGCCCUGGCCCGGGACCAGCAGGCUGCCAGGCAGGGUGACAGAAUCGAGCCAGCUAAAGCAGGCCUGUCCCAGAGGUUCACAGGUGAGGCCAUCAACUCUGUCCCUGUACCGUACACUCCAGGUCCUCCACUCCAGCUCUGUCGUGACUGUUUUUAAAGAAAACAAAGCUGUGUCGGAUGGUUCACUGCCAUGCCCAUCACGUGGGCUCGCCAUGUUCUGUGAAUCUCAAGUGAGCGGUGCCACACUUGCCCCGCACCUCUGCCGCUGGCCACCGUCGGGAACGCCCACAGCCCGGCCUCACCGCCCCUGUGCAGGGCUGCGUGUGGCGCUGUGGUUGUAAAGCCGCGGGACCCUUUUUAAUAAACAGAAUCGUUGGUAACAGUCCUGUUGCGUCUCUGCCUGGGGUGUACCUGACAGGUGCGGUUCGGCAGUGGCAGUGGCCAGGGCUCCGGUCUUGAAGGCAGAAACGAGCCACUGGUGGCUCUGGCUGCAUUUGGCCUGCGGCACGAGUGGCCGGGCCUGCUGCCUUUCCUAUUAGUGUCGUAAACAGCGAGGACAGGCAGCGAGGUCGUGUCCUGCCGUGCGGAGGGAACGUGUCCUCCGCUCAGCCGCCCCGGCCUCUGUCCCUGGGGUGGCCGUGUGCCACGCAGCUGCUGACAAUGCUCGCCGUGUUUCCCGGGGGUUGCUUCCCCUUCCAGGCUGGGAGGGCGGACCCUGCCGCCCCGUCUCCUGUGUGGUGCUGCCGGUGCCCUUGUGUACUGGGGUGUGGGCUUUAGUAGCAAGUACCGCCGUCCACUGGUUCACUCCCCAAAUGCUAGGAGGCGGGAACUCAAUCCAGGUCUCCCACGUGCAUGGCAGGGACCCAGUGUAGCUGAGACCGCGCCCUAAGUACGCCUGCGUGCAAUGCAGGAGCUUUAAUCGCUAGGCCAAAUGCCCACUGUCCCCGCGUGCCCGCCCCCACUGAGUCGUGCCACGUGCUCUCAUGUGAGCCAUGUGUGUGCCCUCGCGUGCCUACCCGAGCUGUGCUGUGUGCUCUCGUGUGCCCGCUGCCCCUGCUGAGCCAUGCGUGUGCCCUCGCGUGCCUACCCGAGCUGUGCUGUGUGCUCUCGUGUGCCCGCUGCCCCUGCUGAGCCAUGCGUGUGCCCUCGCGUGUCUGCCCCACUGACCUGUGCUGUGUGCUCUCGUGUGCCCGCUGCCCCUGCUGAGCCAUGUGUGUGCCCUCGCGUGCCUACCCGAGCUGUGCUGUGUGCUCUCGUGUGCCCGCUGCCCCUGCUGAGCCAUGCGUGUGCCCUCGCGUGUCUGCCCGAGCUGUGCUGUGUGCUCUCGUGUGCCCGCUGCCCCUGCUGAGCCAUGCGUGUGCCCUCGCGUGUCUGCCCCACUGACCUGUGCUGCGUGCCCUCCCCGCCGAGCUGUGCCGUGUGCUCUGGCGUGUCUGCCCCCCCAUCACUGUAUAAGCAGGGUGCCGUCCCCGCACGUCGUCCUGAGGGUUUCCAGGAGAAAGUGGACUUUGCCCUCUGAGAUGGACGCUUCUCCUGGGAAAUCAGUUUUCCUUUAUAAAAAGGGGAGGGCGCGUGUCUGGCGGCUCUGUUCCCAGGGGCUGCCGGGAAGCUUCUCACCAGAUCUGUGCACCCUGGUGACGCUGGACUUGACGGUAAGUCCCGUGGCUGCUGGUCGUGAGCUCGGCCUCGCUGGAGCCUCCGUGGGCCUUGUGCUCACACGGGGGACUGGGGAGGGGCUGAUGGGGGCUCCUCACGCAGUUCCCGCUCUUGGUGCGGUCACCAUUUGCUUUCAGGGCUGAAGCUGUUCUGCGAGGGUGCCAUCCCAGCAGCCCUGUAUGGGACCAGUUAGCAAAGCAGCUCCCCCAGGAUUCCCCUCAUGGAGGGAGCCCGUGGGGGAGGCGGGAGUCCUGUGUGCGGGCAGGAGCCGUCCAUCCCAGCAGCCCCGUAUGGGACCAGUUAGCAAAGCAGCUCCCCCAGGAUUCCCCUCAUGGGCAGGGAGCCCGUGGGGGAGGCGGGAGUCUUGUGUGCGGGCAGGAGCUGUCCUGAUGGGCUGUGUGUGCUUGGCCUGGGCUUCAGGCCAGCUGCAGGCUCAGGCCCUGCAUGGCCACCACGAUCAGCCCCAGGCCAGCUGGGAAUCAGAGUCCCCACGGCUCUCGUGUCCAGACCACGUGGUCUCAAGAGCUGGCAGGGUCCAAGGAGCCCGCGCGGGGUGCAGGCUGGGCUGUCAGAGGCAGACCUGAGCUACAGAAGUGUCCCAGAGGACGACGGACGCUCUGGCAGUACCAGUGAGGCUUCCUGUGGGCCCCGGAGGAAUGAAGAGCCGGGCUGGGAACAG